ACCCAAGGGAACAUUCCAAGUCAUUCCAAGGGAGCAAGAGGCAUUUAUAAUGGCAAAAUACCCUUUUGUAUAAGCUUACUGGCUCAUGAGGUACCUUUCUGGAGUGUUGGAUAACAACUAUACUGUCCCAGAGCAAGAGCCUUUAUGACCUAAUUGCUCCAAAGUAAUACCUUUGUGACCUGUUAUCUCAUCUCACUGCUUGCCUCUUCAGUUGACACAAAAACUCAACUCCCCUCUCAUCCCCUCCCCUACCCCUCCUUCCCUCUUUUUUUCUUUUUCUUCACUUGUUCCUUAUCAUCUUAUUUUUCUGGAUGAAGACUGAAGGCAGGACUCUCAGCUGACUCACAGAGACAAAAUAGCUAACUGCAAGGACGCUAGGAGCUUAUUUUCUUCCAGAUAAUUUUGUACCACCGAAAAGAUAAUUUGGAAGGAGAACGCUAGGAUGAGUGAUAACAUUGUUGGCUGCCUUCAGAAAUUGACCUGUGAAUUUUGUCAACGGGCUGAUGACCGUCCUGAAAAGUAUGGGGAAAGGAGGACUUACGAGGACUACAAUCUCACUGUUCAUUAUUACUGUGUGUUAAUGUCAAGUGGGAUUUGGCAGAGAGGUGAAGACGAAGAAGGUUUUUAUGGGUUUUUACCUGAGGACAUCCAAAAAGAAAUUAAUCGAGCUGCAAGACUGAAAUGUGCUAUCUGUAAGAAAAGAGGUGCUUCAAUUGGUUGUGUGGCAUCCAGAUGCAAACGAAGUUACCACUUUCCUUGUGGGGUAGAGAGAGGAUGCAUUUUCCAAUUCAGGGAAAAUUUUCCGUCAUACUGUUGGAAACACCGACCCACACAAAAACGUUCCCCAACCUCUAAAGGAUCAUCACAGUGUACCAUAUGUUUAGAGUUGGUUGAACAUGCACCAUCGUAUAACAUUUUGGCAAGUCCGUGCUGCAAAAACGCUUGGUUUCAUAGAGACUGUUUGCAGUGUCAAGCGCUAAGUGCAGGGGUAUUUUUCUUUAGAUGCCCAGUAUGUAAUAAUAAAGAAAAAUUUCAGAAUGAAAUGUUGAGAAUGGGCUUACAUAUUCCAGAAAAAGAUGCCUCCUGGGAACUGGAAGAGAAUGCAUACCAGGACCUUCUUCAGUGCUACCAACACUGUGACAUCAAUAUCUGCCUCUGUGAAAAUGGAAGAAACUACAAUGAGCCUGAUAGCAAAUGGGAAAUAAAGCGCUGUCAAUAUUGUGGUUCGAGUGGAACUCACUUGGCAUGUUCCUCACUAACAAGUUGGGAGCAAAAUUGGGAAUGCAUAGAAUGUAGAACUAUCCUUGCCAAAUCAACUGGGAACUGUCAGAAAUGGCGAAAGCGUUCUCGGAGUAUGCCAGAAAAAACAGAUAUUGGCGAUAGCUUGCUGGAAGAGCCAUCACCCAAAUGUCCCAGACAGUCUCCUGGAUCCCAUCUUGGCUUCCUUGUCAGGUCCCCAAAGAUAUGCCCCAAUGCCUUUACUCAGUGUUCACAACUAGAUCUCCCCUCUUCGAAUAAUAGACUGAUAUCCCCUUCCUCCGUGAUUAGUCCUUCCGUGAGGAAUCUGACACUAAGAAAAACGCAACUUGUAGUGCAGCAAAGAAAAGUUUCCAAUAUUCUGAGGGAAUUAAGAUCACAAAUUAAUACCAAACGAACAAGACUGAAUAUCAAUAGACGAAACAUCUGGGAUAGCGCCUUAAAGGGAUUUCAAAAGCGGAGCUUCAAUCCUGCCAAUACUAUUGAAGUAAAGUACAUAAACUGCAGGACAAAAACACAUAUGGAUUCAUCAAAGGGAGAUUUUUUUCUAUUACUGAUUCGUCACCUUCAGAACUCCUCGCUCUUUGAAGGCGAUUCCUCAAAAAUAUUGUCUUUUGAUUCUCAAGCUCUUAAAGAUAAUUUAUACUAUGAAGCUGGAAAAAUGAUAGCAGUUUCUCUGGUUCAUGGAGGGCCAUCUCCUAGCUUCUUUUCCAAGACCUUGUUUGACUGCCUUGUUUAUGGCACAGAGAAUGUGAAACCAACUAUUGAAGAUGUUGCUGAUGUGACUGUUCUGCAGACAAUAGAGAAGAUAAAAUCUGCAAGAACUCUGAACAGCUUAGAAUCAGCAAUAAGUGAUUGCUCUGAAUAUCUCGCCAUUGCUGGAUGUUUGAAACCUGUAACAGCUCUACAUGAUAAGAAUGUGUUGGUGAAUGAGAUAUUGAAUUACCAUGUCAUAAAGAGAACACUUUUACCUUUUGAAAGCUUUAGACAAGGUUUGAAAACACUUGGUGUUUUGGAAAAAAUGCAGAUGAAUCCUGAUGCAUUCUGUAGCAUAUUAUGUCACAAGCCUGAGAAACUUACAGCAAAACUUCUUGGUGAUCUCUUUGCUAUCCACUGUGUACCAGGAGCAGACAAAGCCAGAAGUCUAGAUUUCUGGAUGGGUUACUUACAGGAAACAGAAGGUGGUGAGUCAGCAGUAACUCUAGAGGACAUCUUAGUGUUUGCAACUGGCAUUCGUGAUAUCCCACCCAUUGGCUUUGAUCCUGAGCCUGCAGUUAAGUUUCUGCAUAUAAAAUACCCUGUUGGAAAGAGACACCUUAAUUGUUUAGAGCUUCCAAUAACAAAGUCUUACGAGAAGUUUAAAAGAAUUAUGGAUUGCACCAUCAGAAGUACUCUAAGGUUAGAAUCAGAAGUGCAUUAGUCACUACCAUGGAUGCUGAAAAUUGAAUGAUGAAGCAUUUAAGAAGCUUGCUAGCUGCUACUGGAUAACACACACGUUCAUCCUCACAGACUUGCAACUUGAUCGUGGAAAUGGCUUAAUCUCAGUCUUUACAUUUUGAACAUUGAUUCAAAAUGAUGAACAAACAAAGCUUUCCAAACCA